AUCACAAUCAGAGCUCUCCUAUCUCCUCCACCUCCCGUGAGGAGGAGACAGCCUCUCCACCUGAGCAACACAAGAAUUUUAUCCGCUUAACUGCUGCCCGUCGCAAAUGGAGGCAGCGGCAGCAGCGGCUAGCUCCUCUGUCCUGCUGUCAUUUUCCAGCCCGGGGAGAUCAACGGCGGCUACCUUCCUCCGCCUCUCCACGGCGUCGCCUCGCAUCACAUGCUCCGCCACACAGCAGCUUCCCCUCGCUGCGCCAUGGUUGUUAACCUCCGACAAGAGCAGCAGCAGAAGAAGAAGCAUCUUGUCGCUGAGGUGCUCCUCCGCUUCCACCGGCAGCCCGUCGGCCGUCGUCUCUUCGGAACGAUGGAUUCUUGAGCCCGCAGGAGACGGCGACUGGAAACACAUCGGCUACCGCGUCGCUCGGCCCGGCGCCAUCGAGAUCGCCUCCGCGUCCUGUUCAUCUCAGGAAGCGAUGACCGUGGGACGAGUUCCGGAGAACGCCGACGUCGUCAUCCCCGUCGCGACAGUUUCUGGGGUGCACGCUCGGCUGGAGAAGAAGGACGGGAACCUGGUGGUCACGGACAUGGACAGCACCAACGGCACCUACGUCAACGAGAGGAAGCUGGUGCCCGGAUUCCCGGUUGCCGUCCAACCCGGGAGCCUCCUCAUCUUCGGUGACAUCCACUUGGCAAUGUUUCGGGUCAGGAAGGAGAUUGUCGAUGUGCCAGCCAAGGCCACCAAAGAUGACCAGCAGGAAUCUGAGACUGUGCUGGCAAGUGCAGUUCAAGAAACAAGCUAGUGUACCUUACCUUUCAAAAUAAGGGUGCAAAAUAGUGCAUCAUGGUAAUAUACAGACUCCGUCUCUGGAUCGACAAAAUAUGUAGCUAGGCAGAAAUAGCUUGCGAGUAAACCCAUACAAUUUUUGCAAAGCAUAGGCAGAUUGUUUCUGCUUUAUCAAUGUCCAACAACCAUGGAAUGGCAAACGGGACAGAGCCAAUACAAGCUGUGUUGGAAAGCAUUUCAAGCAAUUCGUUUUCAAAA